AUGGCGGCGAAAAACGUCGAUUCGUAUAUCCACGAUAACUGUCCAUGGGCAAAAUUACCGAAGCAAUUGAAGGAGUUACUUGGCAACUCUGCCAAGGAAUACGAAAAACUCAUUGUUGAGUACAGCGUCAGAAACCAGCUGAAAUAUAAAACUAACAUAGUGCGAUAUGUCCGAAGCAAUGAAGAAGGGUAUUACGAACUAUUGCUUAAUUACAGUAGAAGCCAUCUGAUGCUGUUUCCGUAUCAUCUGUCCAACGUGAUUGUCAAGGGGCUGCGCGUCACCCCGUUUCAGUACUAUUGCAGUAUGGUUGAAGAUCUUAUGAUACAGGAGAAGAGCUACGAUGCUUUGCCGAAUUUCACUGCCGCUGACUGUCUCCGUCUACUUGGAAUUGGUCGCAAUCAGUACAUUGAUCUGAUGAACCAGUGCCGCUCUCUCAAAAAGCAUUCAAAUAGAAAAUCGAUAAAAGAAAUUUUACCACAGAGUCCGGUGGACAUCACCAUCCACUCUUACUGGAUUGUUCAAACGGGCAGCAUUUUGGAAGAUGAUGUGAAAAACAUAUCAGCAGAAGAAAAAGCAGUAAUCGAUUAUAUGAUUGAUGUUGGUCCUCAAACUGUAAGUGCCUUCGACACGGACAUUAUUCAAAAACUGUAUAAACGAGGGCUGAUCUACUUCGAUGUCCCAGUGUACGACAACGAGUACACAGUAGUGCCUACAUUGGAUGGUUUCGUGAUGAAUCGAACCCUGGGUGAUUAUCUGGAAAACAUUCUCUACAAGAUUUUCAUAUCGAUCGAUAGUAGUACAACUGCCAGCGAGCUCGCGAAUAUUUUACAAAUCGAUUUGGACCUUGUCAAGGUAUGGUGA